AUGCUGUCAGACGACAACGCAUCACGAGAUUCGAUUGGUUCGAAUUCGGGUGGGGCUGGACGUCUGCGAUCAGGUUCGACUUUGCCAAUUCCCGGGAUGGGUAGUGCACCGCCAACGCCGGAGCCACAGAACGUCGACUACACCGAUCUGAUCAAGUACUACAAUCGAGUGUUCGUAUCAAGAGUGGAGUAUUUCGUGAAGAAACUUCAACCUGGACUUGUGGAUCUCAAAGAGGUUUAG